CCCAGCAAGGAAAGAUACUGGUUGCAUGUGCUUGCUGAUGGCUGUCGGCUAGCCUUGCUGUGGAAGUAUGGGGGCAUCUACCUGGACACAGAUAUCAUUUCACUCAAACCCUUGGAGUUCCGAAACUUCCUCUGUGAACAGUCGAGUAAUUAUACCAAUAAUGCAGCUUUGGGAUUUAACCGCUUUCAUCCCUUUACCAAGAUGUGCUUAAGAGAUUUUGUUGAUAAAUACAAUGGAGCAGCUUGGGGCCAUCAGGGACCAGACUUGAUGACCCGAAUGUUGAAGAAAUGGUGUGGAACUGAUAAUCUCAAUAACUUCCGCAACAAAGAUUGCAAAGGGAUAAUGUUCUUGUCCAACAACUGGUUCUAUCCAGUUCCAUUUUCUAAUUGGAGAAGGUUCUUUCAAAAAAAUAGAUGGAAUAACAACAAUGAUACUAUCGAAAAGGAAUUGUCAAAGACUAGUGGAGUACAUAUCUGGAAGUAUAUGAUUGGUGAUCGGAAAAUUGAAAUCAAAGCAAGUCGAUCUUUAAUAGAAUAUUUCUUUAGUGAAUACUGUCCAAGCACAUAUAAAUCUCUCCCAUCCCAGAAAGAAAAACCAGCAAAAAAAUAGUAACGUUGUGCCUGAACAUCCUGGUUACAGUGAUCCUCCACACUAAUGUGGACAAGACAGGUUAGAACAGGAUGACCCCUGGACUAAUUUUGGUGAUUUUUUUUUUCCUUGGGAUAUGUUUGAGUAUUGCCCAGCAUUUUUACACUGAUUUUUAAUUAUUGCAAACAUCACUACUAAGCAAACCAAUCACUGUGGCUGAUUUAAUGGAGUCCCACUUGGCUCCAUCUCAUGGAAUCUUCACUGGGAUCUUGCUGCUGUCCAUGAGGCUGCUGGGUGAUGGUAAGGAUUGGGUUUUGGUGUAGCUUGGUGACUCAGAUGAAAAGUAGGAGAUAUGUCGAGGAAGAAAAGGGGUCAGCAAAAAGAUGGAUACUCUUUUUCUAUUGACCAUCACAUAUUUCUCCAACAAG